AUGUUCAUCAACAGCUCUGGUAGAGAGCCCUCAAAAGGGAUUUCUCAAAGCUUCAUCAGAGAAAUGAACGAGCGCCUUUCAAGACUAAAAGAAAUCACAGAUGAAAAUGGGAUGGAACUACCUUCAUCUCUCCUGACAACUGCUAGAGAACUUUCCGAAAAUGCAGCCCAAAGGUCCACAAUUCAAUAUGAUUACUCUGAUUCCAUCAUAUGAAAGGAGAAAAUAAAAUUAACCUUGACUUUGAGGUUCUCUCUGUGAUGCAGGUAGGACUCAUCCAUAUGUGCGGAAAGAUGAGUUCAUAGGUCGCUUUGAGUAUCACUUGGGUGGUAUAUACCUUGUUUUAUUUCUCCCCGAAGGUUUUCCUAUCUCUACCAAAAGAUGUAGACAGUUUGCCUCUCACAUAGUCUUUGUUUAUUGGGACUACUUAGCACCGGUCAAAGUAUAGCUUAAAAAUAUGGAGUUGACUCUGAGGUCAGAUUAGAUGAAUUUCGCCAGAAAUUUCAAGAGUGUGAAAUUUUGGUUUAGACCGUGCAUAUAUUUACCCCAGCGCAGGCCAUUUUCCUGAGCCAAGGUUGCCUAGCUAGAGGGAUGCCACUUAUGGCUAUAAAAAAUCUUAAUCUAAUCAUAUCAAAGUCCUCACAAAUCUGAGUCAUAUAUAGGAGUUCCAUCUCCUCAAGAUUUCGAAAAAAAUUCCAAAGAUCUUUCAGACUUAAAUCAUAGUUUUCCCGAAAAAAGCUUUUCAAGUGGUGAUAGCAGCUCAAGUGAUGAAUCAAUGAGCACCACAAAUUUAAAGCAAAAAUCAAAAAACCUGCUGAAAGGUGUGAAACAGCAAUAAUUAAUUUAUAAAUUAUGGUAUAUAUCCUCAAAAUAGUAGUAUAUUUUUAACUCAGAGUCUAGAAAUAUGGUCAAAGCUCAUGCACACCUUAAUAGAUCUAUAUAUCCCAGCAGAAAACCGACCAGAAAAAAAUAUGGUACAGGGCACCUGCCUUAUACAGUAUAAAUCUGAUUAGGUACCUAAAAACCAUAAAUGGAGACCUGUCAUUUUCGUUUUUACUUUUCAAAAAAACUGACAAGUACAAAUUAAUUUUGAAAAUUUAAAAUGGAUGGCCAAUAAUGAUCUAAAAAAUAUUUCAGGGUUAUAUCAUUGAAAGGCUAUCAAUAUUAAGCUAAAGAAAUAUUAAUUAAAUAGAAUAAGACAGCAAUUAAAAAAUUUUCGUUCAACACAAAAUGAGUACUUAAAAGGUAAUAUCAGAGCCGAAACUGAAGCAGCAAGCUACCAAAAAGAACUGUUUUAUAUGAAGAGAAGUGCUAGUGAGGUUUUGCAAGAAACUAGCAAAACAAAAAGAGAUUUAAUUCAAAUGAGAGAACAAUUAGACAAUGCAUGCGAAUUGUUAGAUGCUAAAAAUGUAAGUUCAAAGCCUGAAUACACCGAAUCAGAUAUUAGUUCAAUUAAGGCAAAUCGAGAAAUUGGAGUACACUUGAAUGAACAGAUAAAAGAGUUGAAAAAAGAAAUCGAUGAAAUGAAUCGAAGAAUUGUUUUUGGAGAGUCAGAAGAUUAAGAUUAAGAUUAGCCGUUCGCACUUGCAGGGCCGGGAUUUGCACCCCUUCACGCUCAUCGCCUAUGGUGAGGCCUCGGCGGACACUCUCCUUGUUGCCUCAAACAAGGGAUUCGCACCAACGUGGGUUGUCUUUCCGAAAGUCCAUAAAAAAAAAAAUGGACUUUCUGAUCGACUGUCGGUAGAAGAUAGAACUCGAAAGCCUGGGACGUAACGCCCAGUUUCACGCUAGGGAGUUGCCCGAUUGGUUGUGUGGACUCUGCUGGGCUUCCCCUUUCCAACCUCCGUGCUCAUCUUCCCCACGAGGAAAAAAAACACCUCUGAAUUUAGACUUGGCUAGGCUCUGAACACAACCAGAAUUGCUUACUUAGCAUUGCCGUCCAUUUCUGAAGUAGUAAAACCUUACCGGAUAUAAAUAAAAUAUAAGUCGAGUAUGCAUGGCCGGAGGCCAUGCCCAGACGAAGACCCCAUAUUUUAUUUAUUGGAGAGUCAGAAAUAAAGCAAAAAGAGACUGAAAAUAUGGAGAUUAAAGACUUAAUAAAUAAAUUGAAAGAGAAUGUAGGCGAUAGAGAACAAACAAGGCUUGAAGAAGAUGAGAUUAGUAUAAGUUGCAAGUCUUGUAUUCUGUUUUAA